CGAAACCUGUACUGUAGUAUGGUAGAAGCUACUGAGCACACAGAAGAUUGAGGUUAUUCACUAGCUACUCAUGAUUAACUCGUUCCAGCAGGUAUCGAUUUUACGGCAUUUGUACGAGUACAAGUACGACGAAAACUCGUUAGUCGGAAAAUACUGUUCGAAAUACCACCAAUAAACCAUGUGAUCUCCGUAUUCUGCUCAAUGUUGUACCGUACCGUAGCUCAAUGAUGAAUUGAGAAUGAUAAUUAGAGACAGGAAAGCAUGAGCCAAGUAGAKGAAACGCCGGCUUCUCUGAAAGAUACGAAAGAUGCUGCAUCGGCAGUGCAACAAUCACCGAAAGUAGACUCUAUAAUAACUAAUCUGGAUGCAACAAUCGCCGGUUUCGGUGAUGGCCACAUUUUUCCAGACACAGAAACGUCGCCGGCUUCGAGCUGCUGCAGCAGCAGCGACAAAACCGACCACCGAGCUAACGCGCUUGGAGAUGGAAUCGUCGAGCGCUUUUCGCCUCCCGGAUUAGAGGAGCCUUUCAAACAAUUGCACUCGAUUCUUUUUCCCGCCUUGCACCGGGGCCAUGCCAAGGACGGCAUCGAUCCUGGCCGUGCCGGUCCCGCCACACUGCCGCUGUCUUCUCCCUCCUCCAAGUUCCAGAAUCCCAUAUCAUCUUCGUCCGCAGCGAUUCUAAUGGGAGUCAAAGGAAGCGGCAAAACGCUCUUGCUGGAACGUGUCCUAGCGGCUUGUCGGGAACAGCUCCAAUACAAUCCUGGUGGUGGUCGUCGGCGUCUCCUGUAUCGGAUGGUCGAAAUCAACGGUAUUGUAUGCAGAGGAGAAGACGUCGCAUCGGUAGUAUAUGAAAUAAUCCGACAACUCUCUGAUAUUGCGUAUAGAUCUAUCCAGACAACGAAGGCCGAGGAAUCGCCCUKGAAGGCAACUAGGAAAAUUAGAAGAACCAGUGGUKACGAUUCUGACACCACAGGCAAGCGCGGCUUUUCUUCGGAUUCUAUUCUUCGCCACAAUGACGGGAAAACAGAAGAGRGAAAUGAAACUGGCAGGUUAGGGGGAAACGAGAAAGAUGAUAGUGGUGAUGAGUCUAUCUUUGUGCAUGAYGACGAUGAUGCAAACACACGAAAAAGAAAAGCUCGGCGCCAGAGACGAAAGCAACGCAAGAUAGACAAACACAUGCUACGGCUUCGAAGGGCGACAUUCAACUCGAACCUGUCUCUGUUGGAGUCCAUUCUCGAGUUUGCAGCCGCCGACGACAUUCCGAUCAUAUUGAAUCUAGACGAACUGGAUUCCUUCACCGACGAAGGAGAGCGACAGAUGCUUCUCUAUCAUCUAUUGGAUCGCGUAGCAACUCCGGGAUCCAACCUCGUUUUGCUUGGCACGACCUCGUCGUUCUCGGCACUGACGCUAUUGGAAAAACGAAUUCGGUCCCGCGCCGAAGGGACGUCGAAAAUAAUCUAUCUGCGCACUCCGCCGACGUACCACGGACUCUUGGAGUUGUUGGAUUACAAACUCAAAGGUUGCGUGGCACGAAAAGACAUAUUGGACAGGUURGCCCAUCCAAAAGACAUAGAAGCCAAGGCGCGCGAAAUUGUUUCCAAGAAGGGCCUGGGCGCGAGGAAUGGUCAURSAAACCAUACGGAGGAAAGCACGGAUGAAAUUGUGAAACUGUCUGUCGCAAUGGAACGGGAAUUCAGAGUCGGCAGAGAUACAAGGUGGUUUAGUCGCGUGAUUGCCACAUCUCUAUCACUGUAUCGUCACGAUUGUAUCAUGGCCAUGUCUUUCAACGACAGCAGCGUUUCUUCAGGAAGCCMUUUGUCCGACGGCGCUCCACCCAAUUUCUGCGCGAAGUAUAUUCGGGACGCAAUGGCUAUGAUGGGUGCUUCCGUCUUGGAAACCAUGGCGGSAUCYGGUCARCAACCCGAUCUCUGCAUAGUCGAUGGCGUAGCUGCAAGUCCUCGUUUGCAGGCACUUUUGGAUUUGUCGACGCCACAGGUCGCACUGAUGCUGUCUGCSAGACGAAUACUGAAGCGGGAGGAGCAAAGAGAACUGGUUGUGCUKGCUCCCCUCACCUUGGAACGAAUGCUGAAGGAAUACGAAUCGUUUCGACGGGGGUCGAAAUCGAUGGGGAAUUCAAAACYACUGAAAAGGGCCGCAUCCCAUCUCAUGGAACAAGGUCUGUUAGUGCCCUCCAUGGAUCAUUCGGGAGGUGGACCUCUUCAGUACGAUGUGUCCAAAAUGUAUAGAACAUUGGAUAACUAUACCUUGUUGCGACUUCCACUACACAUUCCAUACGACAUUAAUCGAGAGCUGGGGAAAGCUCUGGAACAAAAUCUUUUGGAAUGUCCGACCGCACUGAAAGAAUGGGCUAGAUUUAUUUCGAAAGCUGCCUAAUAAAAUCGUCGACACGUAUGGCAUUAAUGGUCUAU